CAAACGCGGUUAUCCAUAAAUAAGCCGAAACAAAAGGGAUGCAUAAUGCAUCAUGCGAUACUCCCUUCAACUAACAUAAAUUGUUGAAGACAAAUUAAUGUCUGAUCCCCAACAAAGGAAUCAAAACAAUUCAAUUCGAAGAUGCCUUCGUCGUCAUUUAGCUUCGUGUCGUUGUACAGCAAGUACAUCCGACGAUGUUUUACGAGCGCUGGGCUCUGGUCGCAGGCCCUGAGCGUGGACAAGGACGGCGAAACCACGAUGCACUUUUGGGGCCCGAGAAAAGUCGAAGCGGCCCAGAAGCCCUCCCUGGUUCUGAUCCACGGGUUUGGGCCCGCGGCCAUGUGGCAAUGGCGUCGCCAGGUGAAGUUCCUGGCCCCACACUUCAACCUAUACGUCCCCGACCUCGUAUUCUUCGGAGGGUCGCACACGAAGUCGGGGGAAAGAAGCGAAAUGUUUCAGGCAGCGUCGGUGGGUAAACUUUUGGACAAAUUGGAGGUAGAAAAGUUCCACGUGGUGGGGACCAGCUAUGGGGGCAUGGUGGCUUAUAAUUUGGCUAAGAUGUUGGGCCAAGAGAGGGUGCAAAAAGUAGUUAUUGCUAGCUCCGGUGUGAAUAUGACGAUGAGUAGCAACACGGCGUUGGUGCAAAGUUCUGAAAUGGAGAGCAUCGAUGACCUCAUGUUGCCUACCAAGCCCCACCAAUUGCGAAAAUUGAUGUCUCUUUCCAUCUACAACCCUCCCCCGCUAGUGCCCGAUUUUAUGCUCAAAGCCUUCAUAGACGAAUUAUACGGAGAAAAUAAGAAGGAAAAAUUGGAGCUUCUAAAAGGGAUAACCAUCGGAAGGAAUGAUACUUCAAAUGUUUCACCUCUUCAACAGGAGGUUCUCAUAGUCUGGGGGGAACAAGACCAGAUAUUUCCCGUGCAAUUGGCCCAUGAACUGAAAGAGGUAAUAAGUAAGAAUGCAAGAUUGGAAUUGAUAAAGGAAACAUCCCAUGUGCCUCAAAUGGAAAAGCCAGGAGAAUUCAACAAUAUUAUCCUAAAUUUCUUACAAGGGAGUUCUUGAUUAUUUUUUAUGAGCGUUAUUGUUGUAUAUAUUAUGGGCAUUUUUGUCUGCAUAACUAUUUUUGUGAGAUAUUAUUCAUUUUUCAAUCCAUGUACUAAUAAUUAAGCUUCAUUAAAAAUUAAUAUUGUUUAUGUCA